UAUGGUGUUGACGAUUAUCCAUCCAUCUUGUUGUGGAUCUGAGAAAUCUACCGCUCUCGGUCUCCGAAGAUAGGAGAGAGAUUACAGAGAGAGAAAGAGAAAGAGAAAGAGAAAGAGAGAGUGAGAGUGUGAGUGUGAGUGUGAGUGUGAGUGAGUAGAGUGAGUGUUGAACCAAUGUAUGCUUAGUCUCCAAAACCUACUGCUACUCCUACUGCUAAGGUAACAAACUUCACCACCACCACCCCCUCUGGCUCUGCCAUUUCUCCCUCCAAGAUUUCAUCUUUCAUGGGUUCUUUCGAAGCCACUAAUGUGGUCCUCUCCAAAAUAAAAAAUUUUGAUCCUGAAAACGCUUCAAAAAUCAUGGGGUACCUUCUCAUGAAUCUUGAAGAGUCUGAACUAAUUCGGUUGGCGUGCAGCGCUGACUCUGUGCUCCACAAUCUUGUUAUGAGGGUUAAGAGCCACUUGGGACUCACACUCUCUACCCCUUCUUCCCCUUCUCUCCCCCCUUCUCCUCUUAACCCCAUAGCAAGACUCGCUGCAACCUCCUCCAACCCGUUUUCAAGAAAUGGUUUUGACUUCACCAGGAACCCAUCUUCACCCUCCUCUCACGCCCAUGCCUGGAACUUCCCAAACAACAACCCCAUUAGUCCAAAGUCCACUCCUUUACUCUCUUACGACAGCAUCCGAGCCCCCUCGCCCCGUGUCAACGGUGAUUGUGAUUUUGUUGACGAGCACCAAGUGAAUGAGUACUUCCCCUUCCUUAAUGACUCUUCCAAGAACGAAGAUUUGCUCGAUCCACGCCUUGAAUUGGGUGUUGGGGGUCAAAAUUGGCACGCUGGUGACUCACAUUUGCACAGAAGAAGCUUUUCCGCCAGCGAUGUUAGUUUUGGGUGUGAAGAAACCGGUCCUGGACUUGGAUUCAAGCCGUGCCUUUACUUUGCCAGGGGAUUUUGUAAAAAUGGCACCAAUUGUAAGUUUCUUCAUGGAGCCUUCAAUGAUUCUGGAGAUGUCAUUGUUGGCUCUCCUAGUAAGCUUGAGGGGAUGGAGCCGCGGGAAGAUUUUGUUAGGUUCAAGGCCUCACAGCUUCAAAGAGUAGCAUCUGGACCUUCUGCAGCAGCCAGAGAGAAGUACUACGAGUUCUUGGUGCAGGAGUCUCAAAGGGCAGCAUUCAUGAUGGGGGAAGAGCUCUACAACAUUGCCUGGGAUAGGCCAGAAAGGAAUGAAUUUCUAGCCGCGAUUUCUGGGGAAAAACCCAACUCUGCUUCGCGACAGAUUUAUUUGACUUUUCCUGCUGAAAGUACAUUCAAAGAUGAAGAUGUUUCGGAGUACUUCAGCAAAUUCGGGCCUGUACAAGAUGUGAGAAUUCCAUAUCAGCAAAAGCGAAUGUUUGGGUUUGUUACCUUUGUGUAUCCAGAGACCGUGAGACUCAUAUUAUCCAAAGGAAAUCCUCAUUUUAUUUGUGAUUCACGUGUACUUGUCAAGCCCUACAAGGAGAAGGGGAAAAUUCCUGACAAGAGACAACAUCAACAACAGCAAUUAGACAGAGGAGAUCUUUCACCGUGUUUAAGCCCCUCGGGGUUUGGUUCUAAAGAACCUUAUGAUUUCCAUCUUGGGGCAAGGAUGUUGUAUAAUCCCCAUGAUAUUUUAUUAAGAAGAAAAAUUGAGGAGCAGGCUGAAUUGCAGCAAGUCCUUGAACUUCAAGAAAGAAGGCUGAAGAAUCUACAGCUUCCAGACUUCAAGAAUAAUCCCAUUCACCAUCACCAACGCAGUCUUUCUGUUGGCACUCCUUUGAUCUUGCCCCAUCAACUUCAUAAUCAUAUUAAUGAUGCAGGUCUUUCUUCUGAUAGCAGUAAAGGAGAUAAUACAGGCUACGGUGGCAGCUUCACUUCCAAUUCUUUAGGUAUUGCAUCUGAGAAACAGCAGCCUCAGAUAGAAGUUGAUCCAGCUCACAUUGAUGAUUCUGAGAGUGGGAAUAUGAAGGAUAGUGGAAAUAAAGAAGGCGUAGAUCUUAGUAAUAGUGUGGAGCAGGCCCUUCCUGAUAAUCUCUUCGCUUCACCAACAAAAGCAGCUGGAGAUUAUCAUGCUGAUUUCUCUACAAUGGCAGAGGUCAAUGAGAGUGCUGUAUUUUCAUCUAGCUCAUCUUCUCACAGCAAGCCAGAACCUAUAACUACUUCAAGCGAUGUGGCUUCCCGUUAAUUUCUUUGCAAUUCAAGAUUAUGGAUUGUAGGUAAUAAGAAUAGAAGUGGCCAGCUGGGGAUAAUUUUUAUUAGGAUUUAUAGAAGCUUAUAGAAGAAUCUUCUAGAUGUAUAGCCAAAUACACCUAGAUCAGAAGAUUAGAUCCUCUAGAGAAGAAUCAAAUGAGGUGUCACCACCAUCAUCAAUACAUACUACUAACAGCAGGCGAUACAUGUUGCAUACUUGGACAGACAUAUUAGCUUAUAAGACUAGUUUUUCUUUUCCUCCUUUCCUUUAUUGUUGUACUCCCAUUGCCUCCAUAUAAAUCAUCUAUAGAUGUGUAUGUUUCUCUAGACUGAGGCAGAACAAAGUACUAUUGUUUUACUUUAGCUUAGUGUAUAAAACUUUGUCUACCAUUUGGUUGCUAUUUUCUACUGCUUCUAGGUUCUUUUUUAUCAA